ACUGUACGGGCCUUCAUGGACUUGGACUCCUGGGGAGUCCUUUCUUGGCCAUUUGACCCGUGGGACAUGUGGGUUUUGUGCUUCUUUUUAUUUCUUUCUUUCCCUUUUUCAACUUCAGCGAUAGACUCAGAUGUUAGUCGAGUCACGUCCCACCGCCCUCUGCCCUUGAAAUGCUGGCAAGUACGCGGGCCCGCGAUUGUCACGUGACGCCGGGGUUCAGCGUAUCCUUGCCGGGCAACCGUCUUAGAGACCAGCAUCGCUGGCUGCAACAUGAAUGUGAUCUAUCCACUGGCGGUCCCCAAGGGGCGCAGGCUCUGCUGUGAGGUGUGCGAAGCCCCAGCCGAGCGGGUGUGCGCGGCCUGCACAGUCACUUAUUACUGUGGGGUGGUACAUCAGAAAGCUGACUGGGACAGCAUCCAUGAGAAAAUAUGUCAGCUCUUGAUUCCACUGCGCACUUCCAUGCCCUUCUACAAUUCAGAGGAAGAACGGCAGCAUGGCCUGCAGCAGCUGCAGCAGCGGCAGGUCUGGGCCGAAUCAUUCAGGCUGAAGAAUAUCUAUUCCAAGCCCAGUGGACAGUCCUCAAAUCAACUGACUGUAGUAAUGCCACCCACUCUUUACUGCAUCGGAACCUGGGACUUCUCUAUAUAGCUAAGAAAAACUAUGAAGAAGCCCGUUAUCAUCUGGCCAAUGAUAUUUAUUUUGCCAGUUGUGCAUUUGGAACAGAGGACAUUAGGACUUCAGGAGGCUACUUCCACCUGGCUAAUAUAUUCUAUGACCUUAAAAAGUUGGACCUGGCAGACACAUUGUACACCAAGGUCUCUGAGAUCUGGCAUGCAUAUUUGAACAAUCACUAUCAAGUCCUCUCACAGGCUCACACCCAACAAGUGGAUUUACUGGGCAAACUAUUUGAGAAUGACACUGGCUUGGAUGAAGCCCAAGAAGCAGAAGCCAUUCGCAUCCUAACUUCAAUCUUGAACAUUCGAGAAUCUACAUCUGACAAAGCCCCUCAAAAAACUAUCUUUGUUCUGAAGAUCCUGGUCAUGCUUUACUACCUGAUGAUGAAUUCUUCAAAGGCACAGGAAUAUGGCAUGAGGGCCCUCAGUCUAGCCAAAGAACAACAGCUUGAUGUCCAUGAGCAAAGCGCCAUUCAAGAGUUAUUAAGUCUCAUUUCAACUGAAGACCGUCCCAUUACUUAGUGACCCAUGAGCUCUGCAUCAAGGGUUAUUCCAGGGGCUACGGAACGUCGAUAUUCCAGCCCUGCACAACUGCUUUGAGGUACUGUAGACAGCUGAAGUUUCCACCUUCUUCCCCUGGGAUUGCACACAUAGCUGUUAUUUUUUUCUUACACAGCAUAUUGUGGGAAUAUAAAGCUUUAGGCACAGAAAUCAGUAAAAACUGUGUUUGUCAUGACCUUUGUACUUGAUUUAUCAUGAUUUUGUGUGACUAAUAUGUAGUCAGAUCACUAAUAUGGUAUUUGUAAUUAAACUACAAAUAGUUUGUCAUUUUCCCAGAAGUCUCCCAAUGAUGCAUGUUUCAUACACUUUUGCUAAAGGAGGGGUAAAGGAGGGGGUAGGGAAUAAAGCUAUAUUGGAGCAAA